AUGCAUCUCCUCACUCUAGUCGCCGCUGUAGCUCUCCUGUCGAAUUUUAUCUUGGCUAUUCCUCAAUUGGGUGGAAGUGGGAGUGGGAAUGGGAAUGGGAAUAUUGAAGAAAUCCAACAUAAACGAUGGGGUUGGCCUUGGAGUACUGACUCUGACUCAGAUUCAGAUGGAGAUGAUGGAGAUGAUGGAGAUGACGAGAAUAAUGAUUCGAUCGCAGAAACAAGAUCACUUCUACCAUUUACACAUCCGCAUCUUGUGGCGGAGGCUACGGGUACAAUUGUAGCUGCGGCUGCGACUGCGAGGUUUAGUACGGAGAUUUCUGUGGUGGGUGGAUUUGGGUUUUCGAGUUCGGUGGUUGAGAGUGGAAGUGAGAGUCAGAGGGUUACUGCUACUUCUACUGCUUCUGCUGCUUCUGCUGCUGUUACAGGUGUAGAUGCAAAUGCAGGUGCAGGAUUGCAAAAUAGUAUCUCGAUUUUAACUACAGUCACGGAUCGAAUUCUUCCGUCAACACCUCUCUUGUUUAAUUCGACGCCAAUAUCAAUAUCAACAUCCAUACCCAUACCCAUUACUUCAACAACCCUCCUACCACCCUUCACCCAAAACAAUACUUCCCUCACACUCUGUCCCGCAAAUCCUACGAGUUUCAUCACCAUUACCGAAAAUUGUACGAGUACGUAUUGGAUUACUGUUUCUGCGGGUGCGGUGGAGGAGAGUAGUACAUCUUUAUCUUUGGCUUCUAUUUCUUAUGCGAUGAUUUUUCCUACGAUUACGUCGUUGGCAUUGUCGUCGUCGAUUUCGGGGGUUCCGGUUGCUUCUGCGGGGGGAUUGACGUCUGUGGGGGGAAAUUCGACGGGGUUUUGGACGAGUACGUCGAUUCCAAGGGUGAUGAGUAGUUCUGCUGCUGUAUCGACGCAACCUUCUAUUUCGGGGGUUGCUUCGGGUGGUUUUGUUUCUGUGGGGGCGAAUUCGACGGGUGUUUGGACGUCGUCGAGUGCUGCUAGGGCUAGUGCUAGUUCUAGUGUGGUGAUGAGUAUUGGUUUGAGUACUGCGUUAGGGAAUCGUAGUAGUACUGGGGGAGUGAGUAGUUCUUUGGUGGCUAGUGAGACUUUGGGGUUGGUUUCGUCCUCUGGAUUGGGUGGGGUUACUACUAAUUCUUCUUCUUUUGCCUCUUCUUCCAUUGAAGCAUCUUCAUCGUCAUUAAGGGAAUCGAUAACUUCGACUUCAAUUUCAACUGGAGAAUUAGUAUCGACUACGAUUUUAUUUUCUACUAGUACACUGAGUUAUCCUCAUUCAUCUUCUUCCUCAUUAUUAUCAUCAUCAACCCUCCUCUCCCUCUCCUCCAUACUCUCACUUUCAACCACAACCACGCCAUCCAACCCCUCAACCCUCACACUCACAGUCACCCCUAACCCCAUCGCAACCGGAACCACAAGUCUCCACCCAACCACCACAAUCCAAUUCACCACCACCAUAACCAGUAUCCAAAGCAGCGGGACACCGAAUCUCGCCGCCGUACAUUGCGGUUUACAUGGUUUACCCGUUGGAGAUUAUUUUCUCGCUGAGUUUGUGGAGGAGAAAGCUGGGGUACCGGUUACUUUGAGAGGAUGCUGGGAGUUUUGUUUUGGCGUAUAUGGUAUAGAUAAAGGAUGCGAAUCGUAUUCGUUUUAUCCGGAACCGGGAACGGGUGCUCCGAGGUGUGAUAUUUUCGGGGGGAGCGUGGCCCAGAGUUUGGAUAGUAUUAUUCCUGGUGUGCCGAAUGUGUGGUUUGAUUUGGAGUGUGGGGAUCCGGGGUUGUUGGGUUGA